AUGGCUCAGAAUAUGUAUCGGGUUGGAGAUUUUGUGUAUUUUGAACUGUCUAGUGCCGCUCCAUAUCAAAUUCGGAAAAUUGAGGAAUUAAAUAAGAAAGUUAAAUUCUACAAUUCCUCCAACUUCCUCGUAAUCUCUUUGUUGGCAAAUCUUUGUUUUUAUUAUUUUUCUGCUAUAUGUGUUUUAUGCAAGAAAUUAUUACUAUUUCAGACGCAAUCAGGAAAUGUAGAAGCAAAGGUUUCUUGCUUUUAUCGGCGACGUGAUUUGCCAACCUCUCUAUUGAAAGUAGCUGACAGAGCAGAAAGAGUUGAUAAAGUGAUAAAUACACGACGUCGACUUGUAAUCACACCUUCUGCUCCCUCUGCCGAUGCUAGUGAUGAUUCAUCUGAAGGAGUAAAACGAAAUGAUGACGAAAGCUCAUCAGACAAUGAUGUACGAAGCACUCAAGAAAUUAAAACUGAUAAUACAUCUGCAACGAGCAAUCGUGAAGAAAGCAAUUCGCCAAAGCCUAUAGUGUGUGUAGAUAGCGAUGAGGAAGAGAUGGAUUCACAAAAUAAAAUUGAAAAACAAGAGGAACCAAAAGAUCGGGAAGAAGAACCAUCGUGUGAGGGUGGCUAUGGUUUUGCGGGUCUUCCAAAAGGAGCUGAAAAUUUGUCUUCACAGAACAGACACAUACUUAGACAACAUGAACUUUUUUUAACUCGACAAGUCGAUUCUCUUCCAGCGACACACAUUCGUGGUAAAUGCAAUGUGACGUUACUUAGUGAAGUGGAAACUUCAGAAAUGUAUUUAUAUCGUGAAGAUGCUUUUUUUUAUUCAUUAGUGUAUGAUCCAACUGCGAUGACGCUAUUGGCUGAUAAAGGUGAAAUACGAGUUGGCGAAAAAUAUCAGUGUGAGGUCCCCGAUGAUAUGGCACCAGAUGCUGUAGAUGAAAAUAAAGAGAAUGGAAAUCUGGUGAUUGCUGAAGAAGAGGAUGAUGAUUAUGACGAUGAUGAUGAUGAUGAUGAUGAGCCUUUUGUAGCAACAACAGAUCGUGAAUUUUUGGUCUAUCAUCCUCAUCAUAGUUUGACAGACCGUGAUAUUGACCAGUUUCUCAUCGUCGCAAGAGCUGUUGGGACAUUUUCACGUGCAUUGGAUACAUCUUCCUCAAUGAAGUUGCCUUCUUUACACAUGACUGCAGCUGCAGCUAGUCGCGAUGUGACGCUUUUUCAUGCAAUGGCUCUCCUUCAUCAAGCAAAUUAUGACAUAGGAUUGGGUGUCAAAUAUUUGGUACCUCCUCCAAGCAAACAACAUUAUCCAUUAGAUGCAGAUAAAACAACAUCACAUAAUACUGUUAGCUUGGGUGGUCCAAUAUUAUGUCGUGAUCAAAUGGAAGAAUGGUCAGCAGCCGAAGCUACUCUUUUUGAAGAAGCGAUUGAGAAGUAUGGCAAAGAUUUCAGUGAUAUACGUGCCGAUUACUUGCCUUGGAAAGCAAUGCGCGAUAUUGUUGAAUAUUAUUAUAUGUGGAAGACAACAAAUCGUUACGUUGAAAUCAAGAAAAACAAAGCAGUUGAACAAGAAAGUAAACUAAAACAAGUGUACAUUCCAAAUUACAAUAAGCCAAAUCCAAAUUUGGUUGGACCACCAAAUCCCAGUGGACAGUCAAUGAAAGGCACAUCACCUUGUGAAAGCUGUGAAGUUGAUGAAUCAACUCACUGGUAUGCAUGGGGUCCGGCACAUCUACAGCUUCGCUUGUGUAGUGUUUGUUGGUCGCGUUGGAAGAAGUAUGGUGGCUUGCAGCGCGUCCAUGAAUAUGAAUCUUACGACCUUGAUGGUGCUACAACGCAAGAUUUGAUAGCACAAUCACAAGUACUUCCACAAAAAGCACCAACUACUCUUUCCACUCCUAGUUUAAUUGGUCGAAGCUCAGAAUCAUCUGCUUGCAAUACAUCGGUGAACGACAGAGUUGUUAAAACUAGGAGCGAAGUUAAUGGUCGCUCCAAUAGUGGACAUGUGAAAGGACGUGUGGCAGCACUCGGUCUUUCUCAAGCACAAUAUAAAUUAAUUGGGGGACUUCAUCCGUCUGUAGUGAAAACUCGCGUUGCAUUUUAUCUUAAUACGACUUUAUCUAUGCGAAUAGCGCGACGGUUGGCUCCAAAAUCGUUGUUUAAUAUACGACGUUCUGCUCGACGUCCUUUCUUACCCAUCAAUGGACAUGCUAUUAAACACUACUGCACAACUCGACAGCCAUUUGAAAUAAUACGAGCAGCAAAACAAAUUAAAGCUAACAAGCUUCCGGAUGCAGUUGUUGCUCAGCUAGCUUCAUCGAUCAUAGCGUCUAAUCCUCAGCUCUCGCAAACAGCAUCAGCAGUGAAUACGCAUAAACGACAUGGAAAUGAUAAAGGUGGACCAGUAGUGAAGCGAUCGCAUUUGCAACAAACGGUUUCUCAACCACAAAGUGCAGUGCACCUGGUACCAGCCGGUAGUACCAUUCAUUCUCAUUACCAUCAUCCGACACUGGUGCCUAUUGCAAGCACUACACCUGGAGCUACGCCACCACCACCAGCAUUACCACCAUCACAACUGACACCACAGACGUUGCAGGCAGUUCCACAGUCUUCACAGAUUGCUGCGAUUCAUUCCGGUGCACAUAUCACCAACGCCAUUCUUAACAGAUCACUGAGUCCGGGCAAAGUAGUUUGCAAUACUGUCCGCAAUCAGCAACCACAUUUAGCUCAUGUCACCAAUAGCACUAUGCACACUUUUGCACAUGAAUCAAAUCGGCCGGUUGCUGCCGUAACACCAUUGUCAAUACCUACUUCUGUUCUUGUACCUCCUACUAUAGCUUCUGUUAGUCCGGCGCUUAUUGCUGCAACUAUUCAGCAGCAACAACAGGCGCAACGAAUACAGGCUAUGGGAACCGCAUCACGCAUUGCAACUACUACUGCUGCUACUACUACUCCACCACAGACACAAAUUCCGCAGCCGGCACUUCUGAUUGGGAUUGAUUCUGCUAUGCAUGACAGAAAAAUUGUUGCAACAACUACUUCAACUACUGCACCAGCAACCGCAAGCACAUCCAGGAUAAGAAAUACUCAUGCAGAUAGUCGAUGGAGUGGCAUGGAUGAGAAACUUUUAUUUCUCGCUGGACCACGAUUAAAGUUGUUACGUAGACGAAUCUCUCCCAAAAAAACUGUACGUCGUAUAGCAUUGCAUCCAUGUCAAAAUAGUGAUUUCGUUAGCGGACAGUGGCACAAUCUACAAGGUUUUUUUAUCUGA